AUGCCUCUCCCGCGGGUCAGCCUGCGCCCGGCGCCCAGCGCCGCCCUCCAGCGCCCCCGCGUCGGCGCCGCCAGCCGCGCGCGGCGAACGGUCUGCCCCCGCGCAGGUGCGCAGGUCUCCCCGCCACAAACGACCUGCGCCCGCGCCGUGGCCGCGCCGCGCGCCGACGGCCCGCUGGUCAUCUCGACAGGCGGCGAGGCCCGCUCUCCGCCGCCCCUCACGCGCGCACACGCCGUUGCUCGCGGGACAGCUCCGCGCGGCGCCCUGUCCGUUGGGAGAACCACUUACGAGCCCCCAACACCCCGUUUCACGGCCCUUCCCCACGCUCCGUCGACGCGUUCGCCCCCGCAGCACACCGCGCUCGCUGCUCGCUGGCCCGCGAGCGCUCGUCGGGCCGCGGCCGCGCCCUCUCGCGGCCCGCUGCCCUCGAACCCUGACGCGUGUGUGUUGUCGCGUGUCCGACGUGCAGAGGCCGCGGCGCCGGCAGCGGGCAGCAGCGUGUCGGCGGAGAACCCGAUCACCCUGACGCCGACGGCCAUCAAGCACCUCACGCGCCUCCGUGACGACAACGGCGGGGACUCGCUGUGCCUCCGGAUGGGCGUCAAGAGCGGGGGCUGCUCGGGGCUCAGCUACGCCAUGGACUUUGAGGACGAGGCGAACAUCAAGGAGGACGACCACGUGAUGGAGCAGGGGGGUAUUAAGCUCGUGACGGACCCGAAGUCGCUGUUGUACCUGUUUGGCAUGAGCCUCGACUACUCCACGGACCUCAUCGGGGGGGGGUUCCAGUUCCACAACCCCAACGCCGAGAGCUCGUGCGGGUGCGGGAAGAGCUUCGGCGUGUAG